UUUUUGAAGCAGCUGUGUGCAAACCUGUCGCCUAAAAAAAUCGGAGCAGCUGGCUCCGCGCACACGCUAUGAUGGGGAUGAAGAUGGUGAUGCUGUUGUUGUUGUUGAUGAUGAUGAUGAUGAUGACAACCCGGGGAUGAGUGGUAUUAAUAGGAAGGCUUGAGUGUCUCAGCCUUUCACAGUCGAGGCCUGCGGGGGCUUGGUGGAGAGUCCGUGGACCGGGUUGUGGGGAGGGGGGGUCUUCCGAUACUGACUGCGCAGUUGGACAUUAAUAAGAGCGAGGAAUCACCUCCAUAACAACAUGGAUGUGCUGGCUGCCCUCAAUUUGGGAGAUUUAGCUCAAGCUUUCUCCAAAAUGGGAAUGUUUCCUGUGUUCGAUGUGGCUUAUUACAUCGUGUCCAUCCUCUACCUCAAGUAUGAGCCAGGCUCAGUGGAGGUUUCUCGCAAGAGUCCUGUGGCCUCGUGGCUCUGUGCCAUGCUCUACUGCUUUGGGAGCUACAUUCUGGCCGACAUCAUGCUGGGAGGGAGCCCUGUUGACUAUUUCCAAUACAACAGCCAUAUCCUGCUGGCCUCUGCUAUCUGGUACCUCAUCUUCUAUUGCCCACUGAACCUCUUCUACAAAUGUGUGGCUUUCCUACCUGUCAAGUUGGUGUUGGUCGCGCUGAAGGAAGUCGUCCGCACGCGCAAGAUUGCCGCCGGCGUCCACCAUGCCCACCACGCCUAUCACCAUGGCUACUUCAUCAUGGUCAUCGUCGGUUACGUCAAAGGGUCUGGAGUGGCUCUUAUUUCCAACUUUGAGCAGCUGCUGCGUGGCGUGUGGAGGCCCGAGACUAACGAGAUCCUCAACAUGUCAUUCCCUACCAAAGCCAGCCUGUAUGGAGCCAUCCUCUUCACCAUGCAGGAGGCUCACUGGCUUCCAGUGUCUAGGAGCAUGCUCAUCAUUUUCUUCACCCUCUUCAUGGCCACAAGCAAGGUGUGGAUGACUGCCCGUCACUCUCAUAGCUCUCCCUUCGCCCUCAUCGAAUCCUGGAUUUGCCAUGUGCUCUUCCGCUCACCUCUGGGCAGCUCCGAAGAAGCCCAUCAUCACCCUCCAGCUGCCUCAGUGCCUUCAUCACUCAAAAGCAAAGAGGAACUGAGUGAAGGCGCUCGAAAGAGGAAAGCCAAGAAAGCCGAGUAGACUGUGAAACUGCGUCUGACUCGCCGACAUGGCCCUCACUCCACGUUGCCUCUUUCCUAAGAAGAAAAGGCACAUUCACUAUUUAGGACACUUUCUGUUUGAGCCAAGUGCCGUUCUGCGUUUUAUAUUUUCAUUUACAUCUCAAAAGGACUGUAAAUACAAUCAUCCACUUCUCAACCUUAAGCGGCCAUUUUAUAUGUGUUUUUAACGUUACCAUGCACAUCUGGUGUGGUCGUCCACAUUCAGCCCGAGCCUGCUUCUUGUUGCAGAGUCAGUAGUUCUCUUUUAGUCCAUUUCUCUUGAUUCAGAGCUGAAAGAAAAGUCCAUUUCAAUCAGUCAAAUGUGAAGAAAGUAUAAUGUGAAAAAGAAAGAACUUUUUACCUUGACGCUUAUGACGAAUCAAAGAAUUUGAAGAAAAUG